GUGACCAUCACAUAGAGCUCAGCCUGCCUCUCUCACAAGGACGAUCGCCUGCCCUAACCCCUGGCCACGCUGCCCCACAAGGACUGUGCGAUGAACAUGGGGUUUCCUGGGUGCCUCCUGCUCCCAGCUGGGCACCCCCUUGGCAGGAGCUCGGCUGCCUGCGCUGGAGCCGGGAACACAAGGAUCCCCAUCCUCCUGGCCUGGCUUUGGGCUUCCAUGACAGGAUUCUCCAUGGCAGACUCAGGUUUCUCAGAACUGGAUCAGCUCCGACUGGUGAACGGCCCGAGUCGCUGUGCUGGGAGAGUUGAGGUGUUUCACGACCAGCAGUGGGGAACCGUGUGUGAUGACGGCUGGGACUUAAAGGAUGCUGGAGUCGUGUGCAGGCAGCUGGGCUGUGGGACAGCGUUAUCAGCCCCAGAUGGGGCUCACUUUGGGCUAGGAUCUGACCCCGUCUGGCUGUCUCAAGUCAACUGCGCAGGAACAGAAGCUGCCCUCUCCGAUUGCUGGUCUCUGUCUUGGGAAGAGGAUUACUGUAACCACGGAGGAGAUGCCGGUGUUGUGUGCUCAGAAGUGGCUCAGCUCCAACUGGUGAACGGCCCGAGUCGCUGUGCUGGGAGAGUCGAGGUAUUUCACAACCAGCUCUGGGGAACCGUGUGUGAUGACAGCUGGGACAUGACUGAUGCUGGAGUCGUGUGCAGGCAACUGGGCUGUGGGAUGGCGUUAUCAGCCCCAGGAGGGGCUCACUUUGGGCAAGGAUCUGAUCCCAUCUGGCUGGAUGAGGUCAACUGCGCAGGGACAGAAGCUGCCCUCGCCGAUUGUGAGGCUCGGCCUUCGAGAGAGAAUUACUGUAACCACGGAGAAGAUGCCGGUGUUGUCUGCUCAGGGGCUGCUAACGAGGAGUUUCGCAAGGGAGUUCUCCAGGUGACGGAGGAGCAAACACAGCAUCCUUGGGGACUGAAAAAUAAUACAAUAUUGGCAAUUGCAAUUCCUGUUUUGGUGGGUGUGAUUUUGGCUCUUGUUCUGCCCCUGGUGUAUUACCUUAAGAAGAAGAAGAAAGUUGUAACUAAUAGGAGAAAAGAAAGGGUGCAAAACCUCUAUGGGAAGAACAAUAAUCCAACUGAAGAUCAGUACACAGAUAACAAAGGGGUUGCAUAUUCCCAUGGCAUGGGCGAAGAAGCCCCGGAGCCGAUCUAUGAAAAUUUUGUUCUAGAGGAUGUGCCUUGUUCUACACAUCACUCCGAACAGAAGUGUGAAUCUGCCUUUCCACUAUAUGUGAACGACGUGUACAGGCCAUGAGAGGUGCAUGAUGUUGGAAGAUAAGCGUCUCAGUUUAGCUUUUUCAAAGAUUGAUUUCAAUGUGCCAGCAGAAGAGGGAAGAAGAGGACACUCAGGCACUGAAGGAACAUUUCAGAAAUUUGGAAAUAUGAAGAAAUUUUGGUUUUUGAAGAGAGAAAUAAAGAGCAACAUGAGUUUAACCUACCUGAUUUCUUAACUGGGAAUGAGGAUGUGUGUCAAUUUCAGACUAGUUCCCCCUGGUCAAAGGGAAAAUGUGAGUUUGAUGUAAAGAGAUGAUGCUGUAUUAUAAAUUAUAAUUUUAUUUCUGUUACAUGUAUGUUGGGCUAUAAUGUAUGAGAGGGCUCACUUUCUAUUUCAU